AAAGUGAGAGAGAGAACGCGCAUGUUGCUCUGUUGGCUGGAGCUGCAGGUGAUGAUGAUGAUGGGUCGAUAGAGGAACGCGCCGCGUCUCUUCACCUGUCCGCGCGCUCACGGCUGAUUGGCGACGCGCUGAGGCAAACCUCACCCGCGGGCUUUUGGUUCGAUCCGUCAGUUUUAAAUGAGUCUCACUCUGAACUCUUGGAGUACUCCAGCAUCGCCAGAGCACCGCAGAGUAACAUUACUCCCCUCGCGUCAUGUCUCACUCUGAGAGAUGGGCAAGUUCGACGAGCACGAGAGGAUAAUCCUCAACGUCGGGGGCACGAGGCACGAAACCUACCGGACCACGCUGAAGACCCUGCCCGGCACGCGCCUGGCACUGCUCGCCUCCGAGUCGGACCUGGAAUCCGUUCUGGACCGCCUGCAACAAGUCCCGGGCUUCAUCGAGUACAACGCGCGCAACAACGAGUACUUCUUCGACCGGCACCCGGGCGUCUUCGCCUACGUGCUCAACUAUUACCGGACCGGGAAGUUGCACUGCCCGGCGGACGUGUGCGGUCCGUUGUUCGAGGAGGAGCUGUCCUUCUGGGGCAUCGAUGAGACGGACGUGGAGCCGUGCUGUUGGAUGACCUUCCGACAGCACCGGGAUGCCGAAGAGGCGCUGGACGUGUUCGAAAUGAACGUGGACAACGACGAUGAAGACGAGAUCGGAAAAAGGCUAGGCAUCGAGGACGAGCUGUCCGCCAACGGGACCAGCAGCCGGUGGAGAAAGUGGCAGCCGGUGAUCUGGGCACUGUUUGAGGACCCAUACUCAUCCAGAGCCGCACGGUUCAUAGCGUUCGCCUCUUUGUUCUUCAUCCUGGUUUCCAUCACAACCUUCUGCCUGGAGACACACGAGGCCUUCAACACCAUCAUCAACAAAACGGACAGCCUUCGCAACGACAGCAUCACGGACACCAGCCAGCAGUACGAGAUUGAAACGGACCCGGCCCUCACCUACGUCGAGGGAGUCUGUGUCCUCUGGUUCACUUUUGAGUUCCUGGUGCGUGUAACGUUCAGUCCAGACAAGCUGGAGUUUGUCAAGAGUGUCUUGAACAUCAUAGACUUUGUGGCAAUUCUGCCGUUCUAUCUGGAGGUGGGCUUGAGCGGACUGUCCUCCAAAGCGGCCAAAGACGUUUUGGGGUUCCUUCGUGUCGUGCGAUUCGUGCGUAUUUUGCGGAUCUUCAAGCUGACUCGGCAUUUCGUGGGCCUCCGAGUCUUGGGACACACUCUGCGCGCCAGCACCAACGAGUUCCUACUGCUCAUCAUCUUCCUGGCGUUGGGCGUCCUCAUUUUUGCCACCAUGAUCUACUACGCCGAGCGGAUCGGGGCCAGCCCGAACGACCCGACGGCCAGCCACCACACCAUGUUCAAGAACAUCCCCAUUGGUUUUUGGUGGGCCGUGGUCACCAUGACCACACUGGGGUAUGGAGACAUGUACCCCCAGACGUGGUCGGGUAUGGUGGUGGGUGCGCUGUGCGCCCUGGCGGGCGUGCUGACGAUAGCCAUGCCGGUGCCCGUCAUUGUGAAUAACUUUGGCAUGUAUUACUCCUUAGCAAUGGCUAAACAGAAGCUUCCCAAAAAGAGAAAGAAACACAUCCCGCAGGCUGUGCAGGCUGGUUCACCCUCUUACUGCAAAACUGAUCUCAGUACAGCCUGUAACAGCACGCAGGGAGAUCUGUGUCUGGGACAAAGCGGAGGACUGGAACGCCAACGCUCAGUGUUGUCAGCAGACUGCAGCGCAGGAAGUGACAUCACCACAUCCCCAGAGGAGCGAAGACCCAUGCGGCACUCCAGCGUGCGCGAGCAGGACCGCCGUACGGAAGCGACGUGCUUUCUGUUAGCAGCCAGCGAUUACACCUGCACGGCAGACGCGGCUAUUCGUAAAGCAGGCCUCACGACGCUGGUUGUAUACACACAGAUAACUGCUCAGAGGUUGUGUUCACGAGAUUCAACCGAGCAGAGGGGAACGUUGUGUCUUAAGGGGAGGGGACGGCCCUGAAGAAACUCACAGGUAACCUCCUCGUGCUGUGUGAUGUUACUGGGGUGAGAGAAUGACUCUUAUCAACACCAUACGGACAGAAUUGGUCUGAUUCGGUGUUGCAGUCAGAGGUAGUUGGUUCUUUAGCAUGUGAAAUUUAACUUCUAUAAUGUGUUUCACAUUGACUUGACAUGAAGGCGUCAAUGAUCAUACAUUUUGUUCAUGGUUACAUAGACACUAGUAGUUUAAACACAUGCCUGACAAAAUCCAUCAUUCAUUCAAAACUAAAGACAAACAGCUCACCUCAUCCGAGUCAUUCAUCUACAUCCUGCGUACAGUGUUAUAAACUGUGUGAUGUUCAUCUGAUAGAUUUUCAUACAGAUUGAACUCUGUCGAUUGUCCUCAGCAUCAUGUGAGGGAAUCUGGAAACAGGGAUGUUGCUAAGCAACUGGUGCGGGGAGAUGCUGUCACGCAUAAACUUCAUUUAGCCCUUUGCGUUCACACCCUGCACAGCAUGUUACCUGAAAUGAGCACUGUUUUUAUCUUCAUGAAAAUUUCGCAUUGUGCAAAUUCUGUCAGUGAUUAAUUAAAUGUAUAUUUAAUAAACGUUUCAUCUAUAAAUGUUUAUAAUUAAUUAUUGGGUCAUAUUUAGAGGAAUAUGAUGUUGGGGGAAUCUUACCAAGAAAUGUCAGGGUCAUAUCUUAAUCCACAACAAAUACAAAAUGAUAUAGACCUAUAUAAUAAAUAAUACUUAGAUGUAUAAUAAAUGAUGUGUAUAAUAUAAAUGAAGCCAAUUUGUUUAAAUAAUUAUUCGUACAUUACCAAGCACUCCUUCCUUUAAAGUCUCAUUGCUAUUGUGCAGUUUUAAUGAUGUAAUAUAUUGUUUCUUUAAAAUUUCUACUGAUGUGAUUGCGUUUGCAGCUACGGUAUCACCACUGGCUGAUGUCCAGUUUAUAUCGGCCAGAGACAGGGAAGGCGGGGCCAGCAGAGACUCAGAUGGAUUUGAUGAAUUGGAUUGGACUGUCUGGAAUAGAAUAACCCUGUGAUUGGACGGUUGUUAACAUGGACACAUGAACAGAGCGUUCGCUUACGGAUAUAUCGCCUGAACGGAUGGCUCACAGCCUUUGGAUUUUCCCAUUCAUUCCAUGUGGAAAAAGACUGAAAUGUGGACAGUGAUGCGUAUCCGGCUUAAAACAAAUUCAGAGUCGCUCUCCGUUAAAUGUGGCAUCUGUAUAAAAUCACAUGGUAUCACACCUAUUGCUUCACCUUCGUGUCGGGUAGCAAAUCGUGCACAUCCUCGAACCCCUUCCAAAGCCUCUGUCAGUGCAAUAAGUGUAUUAAGAUGUGUAGAGGCACAGGUGUUCAAAAAUGAAGUAUUCGUGUAUCAGCUAUACUACAGAGUAGAGAGAGAGUAAACAUGCUAAGUUUAAUAAA